UCACUUUGUCGAAGUUCUUUCAAAGCAAUUACAAAACUAUUUGAUCACCAUGUCUUUCUUUGGAAAAGUGUACAAAUUGGACCGCUCCGAAAACUUCGAUGCUUUCGCCGAAAGUUUAAAACUCUCACCUUUAGAAACUCAAGCACUCAUUAAUAUCAAAUCGUCACAAAAAUUGGAUAAAGAUGGAGACGAAUAUAUUCUUACAACAUUCUAUGAAGGACAAUCAUCUGAAAUCAAAUUCAAGAGCGGCGUCGAGUUUGACGAAAUCUUAAGAGCAGAUGUUACUCCCAAAAGUGUUAUAACUGUAGACGGCAACAAACUUACACACGUACAAAAAUUCCAAGAUGGCAACAGCAUCACGUGUAUAAGGGAAUUCUCUCCGGAAAAAUUAGUGGUGACUAUCACCUCUAACUUCUGGUCCGGUACUGCCAAGAGAUACUUCGUCGCUGAAUAAUUACGAACUAUGAAAGUUUUAACUUUUAACAACGAGAAUUAAUAUUUAAGUUCUUAUUUAUGAAAUAUAAUCUCGCUUUUUACCUACGCA